AUGUGGCGCCGGUGCUACUUGCUGCUGCGGGACACGUCGAUGAACCCGUCGCUUCUCCUCGGCAUGGGCCGUACCCGCACACGGCAGCAGGCAGAGCGCUACCAGGCGCUCAAGAACACAACGAUACAGGCCGCCUUUCCGCACCUCGCCGCCUGCUGGGUGGGCCCGUGCUGGGGUACCGUGAUGGUCACGCCGCAUCACAUCUCACCGACGUGCAUAAGGAUGGCGGUGUGGCGCUGUAGCCAGUGUCUGCAGGAGUUUGAGAUGAGCAUCGCCAAGUUCGUCGACCAGCACGGCGUUUGCCCGCUCUGCAACAAGCCACAACGUCAGGCUGAGACACCGGAGAAGGCGAAAAGUGAUGACGGUGAGACAGGGGGGAUCGAGAAUAACGACAAGGCGCCUGCAGCCGCAUCAUCAUCAUCAUCAUCAUCAGGUAACGACGUGUACCUCAAGGCGCCGCGCAUGAUUCACUCCAACUACAGGAGCGUGCUGCAUAGCAAUCCGGAGUGGGAGGGGCGUAACAUUCAGCCCAUGCUAGCACAGAAGUGGGAGGCAGUAGUGGGGCAGCUCACAAGCGCUGGGAAGGAGAAGAAUGGUGAGCCGCAAGAAUUACUCCUCGCCUCGCCAAAGAUCGACGGUAUUCGCUGUCUCAUAGGUUACAAUGAGCGGCGGAAGGAGCCGCAGUUCUUUUCCCGUGGUGGCAUUCUACUUGAGUGCUGUCACGGGCUGCUUCCGCUCGUCAUGCCGCUCUUUGAGGCGGACCCUACUCUGGUGCUGGACGGUGAGCUGUUCGCGCCCAAGUGCAACUUCGAGGAACUUAACGGACUUGUGCGGCGCCUCGAAAAAUUCACGACACCGGAGAUGCGGGAGAAGCAGGCGCAGCUUCUGGAGUAUUUUGCCUUUGAUAUCAUGUACUCCGCUCACCUUUCAGCGUCUAAUGCCCCUUUUGGCGAGCGGUAUCGUCUUCUGAAGAAGUUGAUCCCCGUCUGCGGGGCCCGGCGCAUCAGUGCAUACCAGCACGAUGCGGAAAAGCGGAAGAUCAUCCGCGCCAAGAAGCACACUGACGCAGCAGAGGGGGCGGUGAAGCUGUACCAUGUCCCCGCCGCGCAGGUGAGUGCGGAGGAAAUGGACGAGGUGCUAGAAGAGGCGUGCUCGCAGGGCUUCGAGGGCGUCAUGAUUCGCCGCCCGAGUUUUCCGUACGAGCAUGGCAAGCGAAGUUUCGGUCUGCUGAAAUACAAGACGAUGCACGACGCGGAGUACCGCGUCGUCGACUUCCUGCCGGGGCAGGGCAAAUUCAAGGGCUGCCUUGGCGCGUUUGUGUGUGAAACGAAAGAUGGUAUCCGCUUCAACGCCACGCCGAAGGCAACGCAUGAGCACCGCUUGGCGCUCUGGAAUAAGCGGGAGAAGCUGCUUGGGCAGUACCUCACGGUGCAGUACCAGGAGUUGUCGUCGCAGGAUGUGCCGCGCUUUCCAAUCGCCAAAUCGGUACGUGGAGCCUCGGAGGAUGAGUGGAUGUAA